AGGGCUAAUAGUUUGUUUUUCCACUUACGAACAGCUGGUACUCAAAACAAAACCUAAGUGGAAUCAUGAUAAUUUUACUGGCAAAAUAUGUACUGGAAUGUAAAUGGUCAUGUUCUCUUGAGGUUUUAAAGCAUUAUAAAAGCUUUUCUUGUUUAAAUCUCUUUUGCAUCAAAAUGUUUAGCUCUUCACUUAAUAAAUAUUAAAAAGCUUUUCUUAUUGAGAACCACCCAUAUACAUCCAUCAUCACAUCAUGACUGACUUAAAUUAUAAAAGCACUGCUUAGAAAAGAGGAGGCUGGACCACCUCAGGGUUAAUAUGUCAGGACUGGGGUGCAGAGAAACUGUUUCCCCCCCAGUCAGGUUCUAUCCAUCCUUGCACUGCCUUCUAGCUGUUGUUAGACGCUUUGCUGAGUCAGCCUAUCUCACUAAAUUUAGCUACAGAACAAUCCACUUACUUUUUCCUCCUGGGUUACUGAGAUGAAUCAACUCUUAAGAGGUGUUUGACAAAUGCCAGAGCUGGUAUAAAGUAAGAAUGGGGAACAGGACUUCUUUUUUAGUGGGAGCAAGCUAUUCACAUAUUAAGCUACCUCAAGGUAGCUUCACCACUAGUUUGCAGCCUGUGAUAAGUCAAUCCUAUAGCAGUGAAAUGGAGAUCCUCAUUCAUAUGAUAUUAGGAAUAGUAUUGUGUACUUCAGUAAUAACUUUCAUCCAAGGUUCCCACAAGCACUUUACACCCUAGCAGAUGUACCAAUGAAGUACCAAUGUUUAGUUACGUGAACUGAAGCAGAAAAGAAAGAUAUACUUCACUAAAAGGCUUCAAGCAGUUAACAGCUCACCACCAACAGGUAGUCUGUGGAGAUGUAGCUCAGAACUAGAGAACAAAAAACACACUAUGUUUCAGCAUGAUGGCUUUUUCAAGAGCCAAGUCUAUCCUAAGCUUUGCUGGUGUUCCUGGAAGCAUAAUGACUCCCUGACAGGGAGAAGCUCAGAGCUGCUAUGUCCACUGUUGGGUUCCAUAACAUCUCUAGGCCAGAUCUCCUGCCUUAUACAUGUGUUCCAUAAUUACUGGCCCUGAUGGCACACUGCCCCAAAAAUGAAUACUUUGAUAAUUUGCUGCUCUCUUGUAAGCCUUGUCAUCUUCGAUGUUCUAGUACACCGCCGCCUGCAUGUGAAAACUACUGUAAUAAGAGUGCUGAUUCAAGUGGAGUUGUUUGGACUUGUUUGAUCUUAGGAGUAAUUUUAAUGUUCACCCUGUUCACCUUAAUGGUCUUGUUUAAAUGGAAGCACCUGAAGCAACUAAAACAAAACCUGAAAACCACAGACUCUUCUGUGGAGCCCAAUAACAUUCUCAAGGCUAAUACUGAAAGCAGUGUGAAUACAGAAGGAAUUAGACACUCACUUCAAAGUGAAACAUUAAUGUAUUCAGUGGAAGAAUGCACUUGCAGUGACUGUGGCUUGGUAAAACCUGAGACUGGCUGUGAAACUUCAUUUCCAUUACCAGCUACAGAAGAAGGAGCUACUGUUCUAGUUACCACAAAAUCUUUUGAUUAUUGCAACUAUAUUCUGGGUGCUGGGUGACUAUGAGAGAAGUAUGUUUUUACUGUAUAAUAAUAAAUGAGUUAUUCCAGUAUAGCUAUUAAUCUAAAUACUUGCAGUCAGUGGAGAAGGCUAGUACGUCCUUAUAGAUCUUACAUUGUGCUUUCAUUAAUAUUGUCAUAUUAUUUCUAAUUCUGGUAUCUCUUUGGUCAAGUAUUUCUACAUUAUUCUCAGGUACUGGACUAGUUAUUGGAAUUCUUAAUUUCUGAAAGUCCCUAUGUAGGAUGGCUUUUUCUGCCUUUAGAGAUUGUAUCUAUUUAUGCCAGAUAUAUACAAACCCAUCAAUAAACAAGUUUGCAAGUAUA